AUUGAUCAACUUGCUGGGUGGAUUCAUGCUCAUUGGCUGGUGUAAGAAAGGUCUGCUUCAGAUAGAUGGUGAAACCAAAAAGGUUGCUAAUGAUGAGGUGACACUUCACCUCAUUUCUUUGGUGUAUCCACAGAAGAAAUCCAUUUUUAGCGACCCUGAUAUGAUCACACAGGAUUUUGAUAUUCCAGACAAAGAUCUGCAAAACUUUGAAGCCGGCUAUUUUGUCAAUGGGGCCAUCUCCAGUGACUGUGAAUAG